CAGUGUGGCGGUGGUGGUGACGCAUGCCACCACCACAGCGCUUGCUUGCUUCUUGUUUCUCUGACCGCGCACGUCCGCUACAAACGCAGUCCGGCAGUGUAUCGUCACGACUCGCGGGAGAAGGACUCAGCCAGCCCACAGCGCCGCGGACCCAGCAGACACUUGUUGAAAAUGAAGCACCUGCUGAUUUGGCUGGCAGUUGCUUGUGCCUGUGUUGCGGUUCAUGCUAUUGUCUGCCCGCCAAACAUUUGUGACCAAGUGCGAUGUGACACCACUAUCACUGAAGAAAAUUGCUGUGGAGUCUUUAAACCCAAUGGAGGAUUCUGUGGGUGUUGCCCACUGUGUGUCACAAUCAUACCUCCCGGUGGAAAAUGCAUUGUAAUCAGGGGAGUGCCAUCUAGCUCUGAGUGUGCUGAAGGCACUCGGUGCAACAAUGGGACAUGCCAAGCACUGGACCAGCCACUGUAACAAAAUGUAUUUUCUUUUGGAAAGUAAAUUUUGAAUGAGAGCA